CUGCCUGGGCUGCUGCUCUGCUGUCUGGACAUCACCUGUGGGCAGGCUCCCUGUCUGUGCUCCAGUAUAAUACUCACAGUGGCCGUCAGAGCAGCUGCCAUCUUCAGAUGCACUCCCCAAAUGUGACCUGCUGGCUCAGAGUCCCAUCACUAGUACAAGCCAGUCACAGAAAACUGUCUGCCUGACUUGGGACACAAAGCACCACCAUUGUAAGACCUGAUGUCAUGUCCCCCAUGGCCAACCCACAGGAAGCACACACUGAAUGCAGGGUGUGUGACCUAAGUGGCAUUUCAAAGAGAGUGGGCUGGGAGGCAGCACUUGCUGAAAGUCAAACCCUGGGUCUCGCUGUGUCUUCUGAGUCAGCCAUAUGUGCUUGGGUUCACACAGGAUGUGUUGUGACAAGCACAGAAGAGCCUCAUGCUGACCACGUGGUAUAUGGCAGAAAUGUAAAAUUUUUUCUUUCCUUUUUUAGGCAGGGUUUUAUGUCAUCCAGGCUGGAGUUAGAAUUACUGUGCAGCACAGGCUGACCUCCAAUUUUUGAUUCUCAACCCUGGGAGUGCUGGUAUCUCAGGCUUGUACCACCACACCUCAUACUUGACCCUCUGGAUGGACUCAGGCAGAGGCUGCCUGCCAUGAUUCCGCACACUUUACUGUUGACUUCAGUAAGCCAUGGCUAAAUGACCCAGGACUGUCAGGGCAGGAAGCCGUGGUGACCAGGCUCGAGGACUGGUGCUUGAAAAUGAGGGCGCCCAGGGGAGAUGUAUACCAGGUGGGCCUGCUGACCCGUCCAUGAGGCGGGCCCCCUGGCUGGGCCUGCGACCCUGGCUGGGCAUGCGCCUGUCGGUGCGUAAGGUGCUGCUGGCCGCCGGCUGUGCUCUGGCCCUGGUGCUCGCUGUGCAGCUUGGGCAGCAAGUACUGGAGUGCCGGGCGGUGCUCGGGGGCACACGGAACCCACGGAGGAUGCGGCCGGAGCAGGAGGAACUGGUGAUGCUCGGCGCCGACCACGUGGAGUACCGCUAUGGCAAGGCCAUGCCACUCAUCUUUGUGGGCGGCGUGCCACGCAGUGGCACCACGCUCAUGCGCGCCAUGUUGGACGCACACCCAGAGGUGCGCUGUGGGGAGGAGACGCGCAUCAUCCCUCGUGUGCUGGCCAUGCGGCAGGCCUGGACCAAGUCUGGCCGUGAGAAGCUGCGGCUGGACGAGGCAGGUGUGACGGAUGAGGUGCUGGACGCGGCCAUGCAGGCCUUCAUUCUGGAGGUGAUCGCCAAGCACGGCGAACCAGCCCGCGUGCUGUGUAACAAGGACCCCUUCACACUCAAGUCAUCCGUCUACCUGGCACGCCUGUUCCCCAACUCCAAAUUCCUGCUAAUGGUGCGUGACGGCCGGGCGUCCGUGCACUCCAUGAUCACGCGCAAGGUCACCAUCGCGGGCUUUGACCUCAGCAGCUACCGAGACUGCCUCACCAAGUGGAACAAGGCCAUCGAGGUGAUGUACGCACAGUGCAUGGAGGUGGGCAGGGACAAGUGCCUGCCCGUGUACUAUGAGCAGUUGGUGCUGCACCCCCGGCGCUCACUCAAACGCAUCCUGGACUUCCUGGGCAUCGCCUGGAGUGACACAGUCCUGCACCACGAGGACCUCAUUGGCAAGCCUGGGGGCGUCUCCUUGUCCAAGAUCGAGCGGUCCACGGACCAGGUCAUCAAACCGGUGAACUUGGAAGCUCUCUCCAAGUGGACGGGCCACAUCCCUAGAGACGUGGUGAGGGAUAUGGCCCAGAUUGCCCCCAUGCUGGCCCGGCUUGGCUAUGACCCGUAUGCGAAUCCACCCAACUAUGGGAACCCCGACCCCAUUGUCAUCAACAACACACACCGGGUCUUGAAAGGAGACUAUAAAACGCCAGCCAAUCUGAAAGGAUAUUUUCAGGUGAACCAGAACAGCACCUCCCCACACCUAGGAAGUUCGUGAUUUCCAGUCCCUGCAGGGCUCAGACGCCUCAGUCCUCGACCUGCACACGGAAGCUGGACUAACCCAAGCACAUGGCUUGCUCUCAGUCACGCCGGGCGGGGCCUGCCGGGUUGGAGCAUUCAUACAUCUCGGCCAAAGCGGGCUUGGAACCUCCGCUCCAGGACAACACUAAGGAGGGAGAGACUACUUCCGCUUCAGAAACUUGGAGAUUUUCUAAUUUUUCUCUCCUUGGGAACUUUUUUUUUAAAGAAUUGAAUUUGCUAUCUUCCCUAACGGACAGACCCCUUGGUGACCUCAUCUCCUGGGACAAGACCGGAGACCCGUGCCUCUCCUUGACUGGACGUUGAACUCAAAGGAUCUAUUUAAGAGUUUAAUAUAUGGGCUCUCCUUGCUCUAGUCCUACUCAGUUUCACAGAGAAAAGAAAUUAAUUAUUUGAAUAAAGUAGACAGGCUGCUGUCUGUGCCUUACUUCA